UAAACGCAUUACGUUGAAGAUUCAUGCUUUUGAGAGAACAAGAAUAGUAUUUCCUUUUCCUUUGGCUUCUUUUUGGUGUGGCGGACGCUAGGCAAGAUGGGGCGGCGACCAGCAAGAUGUUAUCGUUACUGUAAAAAUAAACCUUAUCCGAAGUCGAGGUUUUGUCGAGGAGUUCCGGAUCCAAAGAUUCGUAUAUUUGAUUUGGGCAGAAAGAAGGCAUCAGUGGAGGAUUUUCCACUAUGCGUUCAUUUAGUAUCUGAUGAAUAUGAACAACUAAGUAGCGAAGCUUUGGAAGCCGGAAGGAUUUGUUGUAACAAGUAUUUGGUAAAGUACUGUGGUAAAGAUCAGUUCCAUAUUCGAAUGCGCCUUCAUCCAUUCCAUGUGAUUCGAAUCAAUAAAAUGUUGUCAUGUGCCGGAGCUGAUAGGGAACUUACAUGAGGCGAUUUUUCAGGCAACUUUAGUUGAAAGCAGGGGAUAUGUUUAGUAGCGCUCACAUCGUUUUUGCGGUGGGCGGCGAAGGGGGAGAAGGCGGGGCCCCCCACUGGAAAGGGGACAGUCCCCGCAUUCUAAAAAGGCGUACUCCCCCCUUGGAUUCCUCCCA